CGAAGACCCAACAACCGAAGAAACAUCCACAUCAGGAACAAAACAAUCUCCAACAUGGUAAACGUCAUCACAAUGAAAUCAGGCUGUAAAAACAGAGAAAUAGGUGGUAAAAUCCAAACCAUGGAUCUGUAUGUAACAUAUCAUAAAAAUUCGGCAUGUAUAACAACAUAUAUAAAAUAUUGAUUAUACCAUAUAUACCAGUUAAAAGACCAGACCAGACCAUAUCCCAGAACAUCAAGUGAAACCAUGGACACUUACCGUGAGAUAGAAGGUCCUCCCGAUUGAACCAAAAUUGCAGACCCAGCACCUACCCACCGGGUGGGAAUAAUACUCGCCUCCGUGUCAUUAACAAAAAAAUCGUGACUUUACGUCAUGUAAAUAGUAAAAUCUGGGAAUUUUAUUAAUGACACGAAGGCUCCUAUUAUGCUAGUUCAAAGCUGAGCCACAACUAAAGAAGAAACAUGGUCAAUCGGGCGGAAAUAGAAAUCACGGAACGUAGACUCACUAGACCAAUCCGCCGCUUUCAAAAUAUCAUCCAGACGACACCCCAUCUUAGAAGCUUUGGAUGCCAUGGCUCCUCUGACCGAAUGAGCUGAAAAUAUUGAUGUAUCAGUCCCUGCCACUGAAAGAAGAUUCUUAACACAACGAGCCAACGUAGUCGAGGAGACCGGUAGAAACUGCGUCCUAAAGGAAAUAAACAGUUGGGACAAAUCCAAUGACCUCAACUGUUGAGUGCGAUCCAAGUAAACCCAGAGGCAAGCCACCGGACACAGAGCAGGGCGGACUGAACACCUCGGAUAGGCAAACGACACUCCCUCGGGGGUGAAGGAUAUCGCGUUCCAGUCCAAAGCUCUGACAUCCGAAACUCUCUUGCAUGAAUGGAGACACAGAAGCAUAACCAACUUCCAGGACAAUUGUUUCAGCGAGAGCUGCUCAUUAUGGGGCCACGACUCCAGGAAGCAAAUAAGUAUGUUAACAUCCCAAAACGAGGAGUAUCUGGAUCUCGGGGGUCUAGAGAAACGGAUACCCUUCAACAAUCGGCACACAAAGGGAUGUUGUCCAACCGGCGAUCCGUCAAUCCCUAGAUGUCCGGCCGAAAUGGCCAAUUUAUAAACAUUAAUAGUGCGGUAGGCCAAAUCAGAUUCAAAAAGCGUGGUCAGAAAACUGAGCACCACCUUCAGAGGGGCAGAAAGUGGAUCCAACAAUCUUCCCACGCACCAGCCAGACCACACGCGCCAUGAGGAUUUGUAAGCUGUUCUGGUUCCCGUUGUCCAGGCACUCUCCAGGAGUCUUGUAGUAGCUUGCGGAACGUCCACGACGGACCAGGAUCCCCUGAAAUCAACCAAGCCGGAGCAGGUCCUGAUCCACUAAUUCGUGCGAGUUCCCAUCCGGAUCCAGAAGCACAUCCAGUCGCAUUGCAAUCAUCCAUGGGAAAUCCAUCGUCAUCUCCAGGAGACGAGGGAACCAAGGUUGAGUCUGCCAUAGGGGAACUACUAUCACCAAUGUGCAAUCUUGUCUGGACAGGUACGCCAGUGUCUGAGAAAUCAGGUUGUAUGGGGGAAACGAAAAGUGACAACCCCGAGGACACGUUUGCAGGAAAGCAUCCACCGCCAUGGCUGAUGGGUCCAGUCUCCAACUGAAAUAUUGGGGCAGUUGGGAGUUUAGUCUGGAUGCGAACAAAUCCAGUUCCAACGGACCCCAUAAGCGAUCUGUCGAAAGGUCAAAGGGAGCAGAUGCCAGUCCCCUGAGUCUUUCAAGUAGUGCGAAUUCCAGUCCGCCCAUUCGUUGUCUAGUCCCGGGAUGUGUUCGGCAGUAACCGACACUGCGUUGUGGAGGCAAAACUGCCAGAAGUCCUUUGCCAGGUUCGCUAACUGUUUUGAUUUCGUGCCACCCAGAUGAUUUAUAUAUCUGACUGCGGACACAUUGUCCAUGCGCAGAAGAAUGCAGCAAUUUCCCAGAGUUGGAGACAGGCUACGAAUGGCGCAUAACCCCGCCAGCAGUCCCAGACAGUUUAUGUGUAGCCUUGACUUUGGAUCAUCUGCCACCUGUGGAGACAUUUCCACAACGAGCGCCCCAACCAUGUAGGCUGGCAUCCGAUUCUAUCAGCACGUCCGGAGCGGAUCCGAAGAUUACUCGGCCUUUCCACGCCUCCAUGUGGUCUAACUACCACAGUAGUUCUUCCCUGGAAUCCCUGUCCAGGCUCAAUUGGCUUUUGUACGAACUGCCCAACUGAAGAUGGGAUCCCUUCAAACGUUGGAGGGCCCGAUAGUGUAGGGGUCCUGGAAAAAAAAAAUCGCCUGAAUCGAUGAGGCCAAAAGACCAAUCACUCAGUUGUCGUACGGAUAGAGAGGUGGCCCGUAGUGUACGUCUUAUUUCUUUUUUCAUAGCCUUUAAUUUGGUCUCUGGAAGGAACAAGAAUUGGGCGAUCGAGUCGACUUCGAAACCCAGGAAUUCUAUCUUUUGUACCGGGGUCACUAUGGAUUUUUCCCAAUUUAUGAGGAAACCUAAACCUUCCAGGAGAUCCACCGUCCAGUCCAGGUGUCGUAGGAGCUGGUCGGGGGACGAAGACAUAAUCAGGAUGUCGUCCAGGUAAAUAAUCAUACGGACCCCCCGAGCCCUGAGGAACGCCACUACCGGCUUGAUUACCUUUGUGAAGCACCAGGGAGCGGAAGAUAGACCGAAGAGCAGACAGGUAAACCUCCACCGACGUCCUUGCCACGUAAAGUGCAAUAAGUCCCAGUGCUCCUCUGCCAUUGGUAUGGUCAAAUAGGCAUCUUUGAGGUCCAGCUUGACCAUCCAGUCCCCUUGAUGGAGCAGGUCCCUGAGGCAACGAAUGUCUUCCAUCUUGAAAUGAUGGUAACGGAGAAAUUUGUUAAGGCGUUUGAGAUUUAUGACCGGUCGAACUCCUCCGCCCUUCUUGGCAACGAGGAACCAACUGCUUAGGAACCCCGGGGUCUCGUACGAGAUUUCGUGUAUUGCCUGUUUGGCAUGAAGUUCCGCGAUUUCCGCAGUAAUCAACCCGGACUGCUCUUCCGGCAAUCUCAGUUCCUGUGGUAUACACAUCUGGAAAGGUGGGGACAAAAGAUCUUGGCAGAAACCCCUGACUGUAUUCAAAACCCACACAUCUGUGGUGAUCAUGCCCCACAUAUCGAUAAAUAAAGCUAGCCUUCCCCCCACGCUUGCAUGGGAAAAAACACAUUUGGGGGUACUUACCAUAAGGACGUCUGUACGAGGGCUGACCGCGUCCUCCUCGAUUCUGCCACGGUCUCCCGUGUGAGGGGAAGAAGGGAGCGGGCUUGUAUUCCUGGUAGGCCCGAGGGGCAGCAAAGGAACCUCUGUGAGUCCGUGAGGGACGUCAAGCUCCACGGCCUGACGGACGGCUCCUAUACCUCCCGGCCCCUUGGAAAACCUUUGGGCCAAAAACUCGUUUCAAGUUGGACUGGACCAUAUCUAGGGCGGUGAAGGUGCGCACAAAGUAGCGCGUGGAAUACACGCGGCCGGGAACUCCCUCGCACUAGCAGGUGUGAGGAGAGACUGAUCGGGUCGGCAGAUAACGCGGCCGAGGAGAGGGAGGGAUGACCAGGGAGCAAUGAAGCUCCAGGAGGAAUCCUCCCCUGGUAGCCGCGGAUCCCAGCCUGUGCUAUCAAAUGUACAGCACAGACAGGGAAACCGGGCACAGGGGAAUAAAAAAUAAAUAAAUAAUAAAAUCACAAAAUACAAUGAAAUUAAAUUUAAACAAACACAAAACCAUAAGCAUAGACUGAAUACAAAACCAAUAAAUGUAAACAGGGUAAACAACCCUGACAGCAAUAAUACAGAUCAAAUAUACAGGAGGUAGAAGAGGAAGUUGAAGUACACAGCAAGACAUUUAUGGACUGUUCCUAUAAGCUGAUUGGCUGCCCUGUUACUAGGCAGAUCUGGUUGUAUCUGUUAUAUAUUAUUCAUAUUAUGCAUUUUUUUCUCUUUCAGUUAUAUUUUCUCUUUGCUGCUGAGGAAUAAAGUAAGAAAGAGAUAGCAUAAUAGGAGCCUCCGUGUCAUUAAUAAAAUCACAACCCUUGACAGGUGCCAUUGUAAUGAUAUAAUCAAUGUUAUUCUCUGAACCUGUCAGUAUUUUUAUUGUUCUGGCUGAUCAGUGUAUACAAUAUUUGAAAGAGAUCAGUUUAAGGCAACACGUACUAAGCCACAGGUUUUGAAAAUCAUUUAUAACAGCCAGGCCUUUUGCAGCAUUUUGUUUUUGCUUCAUGUUGUGUCUGCUGCAAAGAGUGUGUGAAUGUAUGGUGUUUGUGUCUGUGUUGUAACAUAUGAAUGCUAAGGUGUAUUUGUGUUGUGCUUCACUAUCUGUAAAAGCAGACAUGUAUUUGUGUGGAGUGUCAGUAUUUGUCAGUUUGAAGAGGAUAAAGGUCUAGCUGACUGCCUCAAUCAAUAUUUUUGUUCAGUAUUUACAGAUGAAAAUGAAGGAGAGGGGCCUCAGUUAGGAAAAAGGACAAAUGAGUAAUUUGUAACGUGAGUUUACAGAGGAAGAGGUUCUAUUACAACUAUCAAAAGUAAAGACAAAUAAGUAAAAUGGGACCUGAUGGAAUACACCCAAAGUUAUUAAAAGAGCUUAGUGGUGUAUUAGCAAAACCAUUGACAGAUUUAUUUAACCAAUCAUUGUUAACAGGAGUACUCCUAGAAGAUUGGAAGUUAGCGAAUGUUGUGCCCAUUCACAAGAAAGGUAGUAGGGAGGAGUCGGGCAACUAUAGGCCAGUAAGCCUUACUUCAGUAGUGGGGAAAGUGAUGGAAACCAUGUUAAAGGAUAGGAUUGUUGAACAUCUAAAAACACAUGGAUUUCAAGAUCAGAGACAACAUGGGUUUACUUCAGGGAGAUCAUGCCAAACUAAUCUUAUUGAUUUUUUGAUUGGGUAACUAAAAUUAUAGAUCAGGGUGGUGCAGUAGACAUUGCUUACCUAGAUUUCAGUAAGGCCUUUGACACUGUUGCACAUAGAAGGCUUAUUAAUAAACUGCAAUCUUUAAGUUUGGAUUCCAUUAUUGCUGAAUCGGUAAGACAGUGGCUGAGUGACAGGCAACAGAGGGUUGUAGCCAAUGGAGUAUAUUUGAAGCAAGGUCUAGUUACUAGUGGGGUACCUCAGGGAUCUGUACUUGGAUUCAUUCUCUUUAAUAUUUUUAUUAGUGAUAUUGCAGAAGAUCUUGAUGGUAAGGUAUUUUUUUUUUGCUGAUGAUACAAAGAUAUGUUACAGGAUGUUCCAGGAGGGAUAAGCCAAAUGGCAAAUGAUUUAGGUAAACUAGAAAAUGGUCAGAGUUGUGGAAACUGACAUUUAACGUGGAUAAGUGCAAGAUAAUGCAUAUUGGACGUAAAAACCAAAGGGCAAACUACAGAAUAUUUGAUAGAGUCUUAACCUCAAUAUCUGAGGAAAGGGAUUUAGGGGUAAUUAUUUCAGAUGACUUAAAGGUAAGCAGACAAUGUAAUAGAGCAGCAGGAAAUGCUAGCAGAAUGCUUGGUUGUAUAGGGAGAGGUAUUAGCAGUAGAAAGAGGGAAGUGCUCAUGCCAUUGUACAGAACACUGGAGAGACCUCACUUGGAGUAUUGUACACAGUACUGGAGACCGUAUCUUCAGAAGGAUAUUGAUACCUUAGAGAGGGUUCAGAGAAGGGCUACUAAACUGGUUCAUGGAUUGCGGGAUAAAACUUACCAGGAAAGGUUAAAGGAUCUUAACAUGUAUAGCUUGGAGGAAAGACGAGACAGGGGGGAUAUGAUAGAAACAUUUAAAUAUAUAAAGGGAAUCAACACAGUAAAGGAGGAGACUAUAUUUAAAAGAAGAAAAACUACCACAACAAGAGGACAUAGUCUUAAAUUAGAGGGACAAAGGUUUAAAAAUAAUAUCAGGAAGUAUUACUUUACUGAGAGGGUGGUGGAUGCAUGGAAUAGCCUUCCAGCUGAAGUGGUAGAGGUUAACACAGUAAAGGAGUUUAAGCAUGCGUGGGAUAGGCAUAAGGCUAUCCUAACUAUAAGAUAAGGCUAGGGACUAAUGAAAGUAUUUAGAAAAUUGGGCAGACUAGAUGGGCCUCAGGAAAGAGCAUCAGGAAAUGCUAGCAGAAUGCUUGGUUGUAUAGGGAGAGGUAUUAGCAGUGUAAAGAAGGAAGUGCUCAUGCCAUUGUACAGAACACUGGUGAGACCUCACUUGGAGUAUUGUACACAGUACUGGAGACCGUAUCUCCAGAAGGAUAUUGAUACUUUAGAGAGAGUUCAGAGAAGGGCUACUAAACUGAUUCAUGGAUUACAGGAUAAAACUUACAAGGAAAGUUUAAAGGAUCUUAACAUGUAUAGCUUGGAUAGGGAGGAUAUGAUAGAAACAUAUAAAUACAUAAAGGUAAUAAACAUAAUAUCAGUAAGCAUUACUUUACUGAGAGGGUAGUGGAUAAUCAUGUGGCUAAUAUGUUCUAAAAGGAAUGGUCAUUUUUUUACCACCUAUUUUAUUCACCUAUACUUUUUAUCAAAAAUAUAAACAUUCAACUAUAUCUUUAAGUAUGUUCCUAAAGUAUGUGCUUCUUUACGAUAACCUGCAGUACUUAGGGAUGUAUUUGCACCUCUUCUUCCAUGUCACCAAGAUGCCUCUUCUAUAUGUCACUUUCCAACUCACUCAAUCUUCUCAUAUCACUAUCCCAUUCAUGCAAUAUUUCACUAGCCCUCAUCUUCCACAAGUCACUUUACUUUGUCUAGGUCACCCCUUCCCAUUUUCAAAAUUAUUAUGAGCCCAUGCAUCAAGCAAAGCCUCAUCCAUAGAUUACUAUGUUCAUCCUUUUCUUAUCAGCACUGCUAACCCAUAGCAUCCAAGUGAAGUAGAAGAACAACAUGUGAUGUCAUAUAAUGAAUACUAUUGGGUAGUUGUUGUGGCAAACCUAGCCACUUGUAAUAAUCUGGACUAUGUGUAUAAAAAGGUUGCCUGUAUUAUUCCUGUAACUCUUGUAUUUCCUGGCUGUAUCCUGUAUUGAAUUUGUAUGCUAGCUGCCGAAAGCCGCUAGCAUUCAUGUGUUUCGUUUCACGAACAGCACCAUUGCGGGCUGUUAGUGAACCGAAUGAGCUACCCCUUAAUAGCCCACACAGAGAGGGGCGUGUGUCGCCCAUUAACAGAUUGCAACAAUGUUGCAAUCAGUAAUUAGAGGCUUUCCUAGAUGGCCGUCGUUCGGCUACCAACCAUGCGGCGGUCGGCCAACUUGGAUCCUUUGUCUCUCCAGCGGUGUUUGGUCAUCGAGCGCGUGGAACUGAAAACGGCUACUCGACGGCGCGAACACCACUGGGCUUCCAGGCCGUUCGGGAGCUCCGGUCUUUUACUAUUAGGGUUUCCCCAUCGGUGUUCGGUACUUUGGGACGAACUCAAUGGCAAAGUAUAUUUUGUGCGGCGUUCGUUUGUUUUAGCUGGGAUCUGUGCGGUAUUCUCACAAACUGUGCACUCAGACCCCAGCUAUCUACCGAAUGUCCAUUCGUUUAAAUCUGCCAAGUAUUCAAAAAGUUAUAUACUUUAAUGUAAAUUGUCAGUUCUGCUGCACGGAGGGAUAAUCCACUUAACGGUAUAUUCCAGUCGGAGUAUCACUCUCGUGCAGCAGUGCCUGAUGGGAGAAAAAGGUCUGAAUGUAAAGUCCCCCAUGUAGUCCCCUACUGUAUUACCCCUGCUAUGACAGUAUGGAAACCCCUUGCAUGGAGACUUGCAUAAAUACUGGAUGCUGUGAAUAAAAACCUAAGUUGACUCCCAGAACUGUGUUUCGUCCGGUUACUGGGGGAUUUUGGAUAUUGCCUUACUUCCCAGCGCUUUACUUUGGAUUACUUUCUUAACCAGCGGAGAUCGUGGGAUUUAAUAUUGCAGCUCCGCUACAGUUGUGAUGAUUAAUUUAGCUAAAGCAUAGCAUUGUUCCGUUGCCCUCCAUACUGCCACCAAGGGAGCUGGUCCUGGAACCUCCAUGAACCAAAACGUCACUGCGUGCUUUACCUCUACCUGUAUAAAAAUAUUAAGUGCAAGAUUAACCACCUCACCAGGGCUCAAUUUUCACGCAUCGUCUCUCCAGUUUCCAUUCUCCCACUCUCAAUUUUGACCCCGGUCUAAACUAUGAUUAUAUAUAUGACAUACAGGGUUACUCACUAAAGUGAUUAUUCAGGGUGAAUGUGAAUCUUAGAUUUAAGGUCAAAGUAGCCAAACUGGAAGAAUUCUCCAAGUCAACGAUGCUGUCAGUUUGGCUACUCUGGUCACUUUGCAUUCCUGUUGAAUUCUCCCUCUAGUAAGUAACCCAGAUAGUGUGUUUAUCCAUUAUGUUUUACAUGUAUUAACAAUAAUCUGAAUCGGUAUGCUGGCUCAUGUUUGAGAAUUUACAAAAGAAUCGUUAGUAGAUUAUAAUGUUGCCCCAUCAAUAAGUGACAUAUAUUUUGUAAAGUUUGUACAUUGUGUUACAUAGUCUUUUUGCAGGUUAUAUGAUUAAAAUAGAGACAAUUAAGAAAGCAAAGUUAAAGAAACACUCAAUCCCUCCCCCCGAAUCAAUAAAUAAAUCGCUGUCUAGCAGAUAAACUUUCAGUGAAAACAUACAUUCAUUUUUUUUCCUUUCCUUUAUUUUUUAUUUGAAAUUAUAUCUAAAAACAGGUAGCAAAAUCGGCAGAUCUCUGCCUGUAGUCUUUGCAAGCCCUCCCUUUUUCCCCACCACAGACUUUUUUUUUUUUGUCAAUCUUUCUUUUAUUAAGGCAUUUGAUUUGAGUGGUACAGAAUAAAUAAAAGGAGUUGAAUGAGACGUACACAAGUUAGGGAUAACACAGCAUAUUUUUAACAUACUCCCAGAUAUAACUGCCUCAUUUUUAUUAAGUAGGAUAUAAAAGAUAUAUAAACAUGAAAGAAGACUGUCUCAGCGAAUGGUAAUUAGAUAUGUCUGUAAUCAGACGUUUGAGCUCUGUGAAGGUUACCAGUUGCAGAAACAUAUGCUUAAGUUAAAGGCGCCCGCAGGCUGUAGCACAUAAACCGACCGCUAUAUUCUGCUAGUGGCCGGUGCAGCCUUUGCUAAACAAAACAUGUACAUUUGAGCAGUGUAGAUCGCUUACAGGGAUCCCCCUAUACCUCUAGGCCUGGCCCGUAGAGUAAACAAAUGCCAUAGGUAGUGGGCCUCACAGCCAGUCUGCAUGUAAACUCAGCCUACACCAGAAAGUGAGAAGAAGUUGUCGCUUUGGGAUGCCAGUCCGUGCCACACCCGCCCCAAUCAUAGUGGUGGGCUAGGGAGCUCUACCAGGACGUCUGCUAGAGCUGUGUCGGUGUGUAGCCUUCCACUCUGCACUCCACCGCUGGCAGCUCUCGGACUUGUGUCUCCAGCGUACCAGGCAUCUUCGGCCUGAGGCCUUGAUAGGAGCCCUUGCCACAUGUCCAUUGAUCCCGUCAUCAGGACCAUGGGCCCAGGGUUUUCCCAGGACCCAGCUGUCCCCCUGGGUGUAUGGGUGGUGGUAUUGCUCCAGGUGAGUGUCCAGCUCAGAAGAAGCACUUACGGCCCAGACAACAGUGGAGCCCAUCUGUGCAGCAGGGGUUACUGGUUGGUGUGAGUUUUGCAUCUUUCCAAUCCCCGGCUCAGCUGCAGGUCCUGUUAUAGGGUUGGAUUGAAUGCUUGGUGUUGCGGGCAGUCGUUGCAGUGCUGCUCUGGAUUUGAUGCGAGACCAGAAAGCUGUACAUAGCUCAUCAAAGACUGUCAGGAACUUGGUUUGCCAGUCCUUUGCAGUCUGCUUCUCGGCUGUGCCAGCCAUUUUGACUGUAUCACGAGAGUGAGCUGCCUCAGCGUGAGCAGUCUCAGCGCUGCUUUAGCUGCGUGUUUGCUUCGCUCCAAGUGGGGACUGGGAUAGCUGUUGUACACCCACAGUCCCAGGCUGGAGGAUCCCCACCACAGACUUUCACUCUGUACUGGGGAAUACACCAGAGGCUUCUCAUUGAGAAUAUUUUUAAUUAUAUAAUACCUGUAAUACAGCUUAUUGAGAAGGGGAGAGGCAGGCACGUGCUAGCACACAGUAUAAGAAAAGCUCCCUGGCUGUCUGAUUGGAGAUUUUUCUGCCCAAUUAUAAAAGUGCCAAUUUCUAUUGAAAGCAAGCUGAAGUGCUUUGCUGCAGAAGUAAAAUACUAGUAGUCUAGUAGUAGAUUGAUUAAUUACAUUUCCGGGCAAUUCUGAGAAUAUCAGCAUGACUGUUCCAUGUAAUAAAUGUUAUAGCUCUCAUACUGACUCCAGCUAUUUCUGCUCUCAGUCCUUUUUUGCAGAGCGUUUCUUCUCCCUGUUCGAUUCAGAUGGGAGUGGGUCGAUCAGUCUGGACGAAUUACUGAAGGCCCUCAAUCUCCUAAUACAUGGAAAUGAAACAGAUAAACUGAGAUUCCUGUUCCAGGUCUAUGAUGUAGAUGGUAAUCUAUCUAGAUAUAAUGUGUUAUGCGGCUCAGUUCUGUAUCACCUUAAAACCUAAUUAUAGAUUUAAUAAAAAGUAGCAAGCCUUUUGUGAAUGUUUUUGAUGUACCUUUAAAUGGUCCAAAAAUUUCUCCCUUUUAGACACUCUAUUUGGCAUCUAUGUUCAACUUAUCAUUUAUGUGUUUGCGUUACUGGUGAUGUCUUAUUCUUGACGUCGUUACUUAUUGUCAGAGGGACCAAUCUAGCGCAUUCCAAUCAUUUUCAACACUAAAUGCUUAGAGUGUAUGAGAAGCAGCUAGUGUGCUCCAUCCCACUAGCACUUAUUUUAAACACACACAGAAUUACAAUGCAUGUACAGAUGUUGACAUUGGGAUACAUUGGAUUAAUAAUCCACUUUUUUAAAGGAAUACUACAAGCAUGCUGUAGUUGUUAUGGUGGCAAAGGUGCCCUAGCUCCCCCGACACUGUAAGUAGUUAAACAGUUCUCUAAUAUUUUGACUUCUGAGGUGCACUAUGCACGACUCCCUACCUCGAUUGGGGACUAGCUCAGACACGCAUUCACCGACAGACACAUGCACACUCACUGACAGAAAUGCAUAUACACUCACUCAGUGUCAGACACACACACUGGAACACACAUAUACAGAUACACACUGACAAACAAACAUAUACAACACUCACUGACAGACAUAUAUACACUCAGUGUUAGACACACACAUUGACUGACAGACACACAUAUACUAGCUGACAGACACAUACUCUCAGUGACAGACACGCAUACACACACUGACAGACAUGGAUAUACAUGCUGAAACAAGCAUACACACACUGACGCACGCAUACACACACUGACAGACACUCAGUGACAGAUACACACACACACUGACAAACACACAUACACACUCACUGACAUACACACUCACUCUCAGUGAUAGAAACAUACUCACUAACACACACACUCUCUCUCGCUAACAGACACACACUAACACACUCACUAACAGACACACACUAACACACUCACAAUAUUUAACUUUUUUUUUUAAUCCACCCAGCCUCCCUACCUUUGGGAGUGCUGGAGUGUAUUCUUCCCUGGGGUCUGGGCUAGCAGACACGCGGGAAGGUGGUCAGGUGGUCAGGCGGUCAGGCAGGCUCAUAUUGGAGGCGGGUGCCUCUUAGUGAUGCCGGAGUGACGCCAUCAGUGCAUGCCAGCUUCGGUGGGUCCCUGAGGUGGCCAGCCGGCCAGCUCCUGGGCCCACCAGGACAAUGUCACGGGUGGUGGUCCGGAAACCGGGACCCCCGAGUGCCUGAUGAGAAAUGGGAGUCUCCAGCGUGGAAGUGGAUUACAGGGCCUGGUGCAGGGUAACCGCCCCCUGGUGUUGAAUACCAGCGUUUGUGCAGCCACAUACCAGAACCCUGAUUCAGUUUAUGCGGAUCCCAGGAACUAGGAGCAGGUAAUUAAGCAGACCUCCCAGGAGCUGAAUAGGGAGGCUCUGCAGCAGGGAUGUAUCCAGUACUGAAGCAAGGCAAGACUAGAGAUAGGCACCAUACAUGAAAACAAGACAAAAUUAGGAGAACUGGGCAAGACUAGAGAUAGGCACAAUAAAUGAAAACAAGACAAAACUAGGAGAACCCAGAACCAGAACAGGACAGAAAGCAGAACCCAGAACAUGUACACAAGACAUGAGGAAAACAAGAACAUAACAUGGGCAUGACUGGACAGGACUGUACAUGGACUGGGAUUACAAGACUAAAUAAAACAAGACAAGAAAUGCAAGGUAAAACAAGAGGAGAAAUAACUAAGCACUAAAUAUGAAAAGUAUGGAGAUUUAGUCACAUUAUAUGAUCAUACAUUGCAUAAGCCUGCCAACAACGCCAAUGUAACCCAUAUCUGGCAGGUCCUACACUGCCUAAUGCAUACUAAAACAACCACACUAAACCACAAUAGCACUUACCUGCAAGAAAGGGCAGAGGCUUGAAACAAUGCUGCAGGUCCAGGCAAAUGCCUUGUCAGCCUUGCGGUAAAUACACUGCUGGCCUAGCUAAUUGGCUGAGAUCAAUCAGGCAAUGGUCUGGGCCUGCACUCCUAGUAAGAACUUUCUUCUCUCAGGAAGGGAAGAGGCAGGAAGCCCAUAGUACGCUGUAGUGGUUAUGGUCCUUGGAGUUUUCCUUUAACCUAUACAUCAUAAUACAAAUAGUGAAUCAAUGUGUUGCUUGCAUAUUUUUUUGUGAGAUGAAAAUCACCCUCUUUUAAUAUAUACUGUGUGUCAUUCUAGGUAGUGGCUCAAUUGAUCCAGAUGAGCUCCGCACAGUGCUUAAAUCCUGCCUGCUUGAGAACGCAAUCUCAUUGCCCGAAGAGAAACUUGAUGAUCUCACCUUAGUACUCUUCCAAUCAGCCGACAAAGACAGCAGUGGAUCCAUUACUUUCCAGGAGCUGAAGGAGGAACUAGAACGAUUCCCAGAAGUCAUGGAGAACUUAACAAUCAGGUAAACUGUAUGCCUCUGAUGGGUUUACUGGCUAUGUUAACUAUCUUCUUACAGUAGUUUUAGUGUUGUCUCUAAUAUUUUACCAGAUCUUAAUGUAGUUGUGUAAAUAUGCUUUGUUAUAAACCCAUUUACUGUUUUUAUCCCCAGGAAACCAGCCUACUAUUAAUUAGGGGACCCACCUUCAACUUCUGUUAUUCUUAGGAAAGCAGGAGAAACAUUCUAACCUGCUGCUGUUAUACAUACCUAUUAGAAUUCGCAGAUCAACUGGCUCCACAUAGAUACCAGAUAUGAAAAUACUCGAAGCUUAGUACACAAAAAACUGUCUGCCCACCUUAUUCCUCAGUCCACCCAUGCUGACUCUUGUAGAACCAAAUGGAAUUUACAUGUAAAAGAAGCAAUUAUCCCAGUCUUAUACAUGUUAUCUUGUUCAACCACCAUGACCACUUCAGUGAAUUUAAGUGGUCAUGGUGGUAGGAGCAUGUAUGUGCAGUUCUGUUUGAAACACUGCAUAUGCAGAGAUAUUUGUAAUUGUGUGAGGGGGCAAGUUGCACCCCUAGCACACGUGACAUUGGCAGCCCAGAACUCUGUACUGAGCUGCCAAUGUCAAUUCUGAACAUAAAAACAUUUGUCAUGAGUGCACACAGCACGCUGCAAAAAGAUGUUAAAAUCAGGUAGAGCUUGCAAGGGGAAGCUAGAUCUCCCCUCCCACCUCCCUCAACUGGAGGGCAUGUGCACGCUCAUGCGCUCUGAGAUGGCAGUUAGUCAAAUCACAGGCUUUUCAGUGAGCAGGCUGUGAUUGGACUGCAAACGGCCCUGGUGACAUAAAAGUCAGCAUUGAGAGCUUCGUCGAGCUUUUACAGCAAUUGCAGUGGUGGGACCUUCUCCAGGGGUGCCCAUUAGGGUAUUUUACACAGGAAAGGUCCCCCUGCUCCGAAGGGUUAAAGUAGCCCUUUAAUCGAUCUUUAUAUUUUAAGUCCUCAGCUACUAGCCAGACUUUGAAAGAUACAUAUCGUCACUUACCAAUGGCGAGUGAAAAUUUUUGACCACCGAUCUUAAUGAUAAUCUUAAAAAGGAAUAGUUUCCUACCUGACCUGCUACAUUAGGCUGCUGCAUUCAGAUGCACAGUUCCCUGCCCUGUGUGUGUAAAGAGACUGGGUAUUCUUACUUUUGAAGAUUCUGGUCAUUGAACAUGGUUUGAAUUCUGACUGUCAAAAUUAAGCAAUGACAUAUGAUCUUUGUCCUUUUUAUGUAUGGGUUCUUAAAAAAAUAAGGGAAUUAAGAAUGCAUGAAUACAGCCAUAUUUUGGGGCAUUGCUAACUCUUUAAACUAGUACAGUAUCAUAUAGCGUACUAUAUAUUUACCAUAGGCAUUAGUUAAAUUGUAAUACAUCUGUCCGCUCUGUUUGUCUAUUUUGAUGUUUCCCAAUUCAGUCCUCAAGGCACAAGAGUAAUCUUUCAUGGCUAUACACUAAAAUAGGAAUUCAAAGUGCAUUUUAAUUGUAAGGUCCGAGUAGACAAACUGACAGCUGACAGCUGAUGUUUCCAGUUUGGAAAUUUUGGCUUUAAGUUUGAAAUUCACUUUGAAUUCACCUUGAAUCCUCCCUUUAGUGAAUAACCCUGUGGAUUUAACACUAUUUGUACGCACUAAGCACCAAUCAGCAAUCCAUGUCUUUAUUCCAACAUUCAUGCAAGAGAUAAUCUGAGUAUAGUUACCGUAUUACAACAAAUAACAGAUUUGUCUCUCUCAUUUUGCCAAGUGCUGCUAACUGGCUGAAACCUCCUACAGUAGAAAGGAAGAGCCAUACGCCUCGUUAUUUAACGCCGACCUACUGGCACAAUAAUCGCAGUAAGCUACUCUUCAUGUGCUCAUAUUGGUGCGUGAAUAUCCUGCUUUUCACACUCAAUGCAGUUGGCCAUGCCAGCCUUGGUCCGUUGAUCAUGAUUGCCAAGGGCUGCGGUCAAUGUCUGAACUUCAACUGCACUUUCAUCGUGGUAAGUUCUUGCCUCAUCUGCUGGGUGAAUUGAACAACAGCAACUGAAAGGAUAUAGAUAGGAAAACACGAAAGAAAAACUGUUCCGCUAUUAUUAUAGUAUUAUUUUAUAAAGAUACUCCUAAAGUGUAAGUGUAUAUUACUAAAUGUGCUGUAAGACAACUCAUUUUUUGUACGUUAGUUAGUCAACAUAUUUUCUAAUUACAGGAUAUAUGUAAAGGAGCAGGCUAGACACAUUGUCCACUACAUGCCGAUAAAGUGAAUAUGUGCAAUAAGGCUGCGGGUGCCAUCCCCCAGUUCUUGGUCAAACUAUUUUUUUGUAGUUUGACCAAAACAGGGGGUCCAGAAAGCACCUGCGACACAGCCUGUGAGUAUUUAUAUUUUAUAUCUUGCAUGCCUCCCAACAUUUCAAAUGAACAAAGAUCAGGCGACACUUUGAGCCAAUCAGCAUAAUUUGAGACACUGGAUGUUGUUGGGAACAAACCAAGAGCAGGAUUGCACUCUUUGUGGUUAAACCAUUUGUGAACGGUUUAACCCCUUAAGGCAAGGAAGCGCCAGGGAUCUCCUGGCCCCGUAACAACUUAAUUUAAACAAAGUUGUGAUGGUGCCCGUAAAGCUCCUUUAAGAAAAGCUAGGUUUCUUAGGGGUCUGAAGUGUUCAUUUGAUGCCUGGUUGCACUUCCAGGUAGUAUCUGCUAUUUGCAGCUUAUGUUUUUAAUUUGGACCCACUCCCAAUAUUGGUAUGUUAAAACAGGAGCUAGGGUAAAAAGAACCCCUGUCUCCCAAUACCUACUACAGGCAUAUUAGCUUCUGCUGUCUACCUGUGCAACUCAUAUCUGUAGAUAUAUUAGGUAGAAACUGUAGGUUAAUAAAUGUAUUUUAAAAAAUAUAUUUUUUUUUAAUGGGUGUCUGUAUAAGGUGCAUAUGUUAGUGUGCAAUGCUGUUAGGUUUCACCAAGUCAUGCUCUCUUUAGGUGCUGAUGCUUCGUCGCUGUCUGACACGGUUGCGUGCUACAUGUGCAGUGCGUUUUCUACCACUGGAUCAGAAUGUUUACCUGCAUGAGCUAGUUGGAUACAAUAUCUUUGUCCAGACGGUUAUUCACACUGCUGCUCAUGUUAUAAAUUUCAGUAAGUAAAAUAUCACCAGUGACAACAGCUCUUACACAAUUUAUAUUCUUUCUGCGUUGGUGUCCAGUCUAUGACAUGUUCUACAGGAUUUGUAUAGGGAGGAAUAGGCUCAUACAUUGACCAGCCACAACAUUAAAAACCAUCUAUCUAACAUCUUGCAGAUCCCAAAACAGCUCUGAUGCAUUAAGUGUCCUGUGGUAUCUAGUACCAAGACAAGUAAUAUCCACAUGAAUGCAAGACUUAGUGCAUCCUGCUGUCACCUCGUCAUUGCUCCAUGGUCCAGUUCUGACGUCCCUGUUGAAGGCGCUUUCAGCAUUGAAUAUGGAUCAUCAUGGGCACUCUAACCUGUCUGCAGCAUCCAUAUGCAGCAAUUUUUGAUGCAUUGUGUGUUUUAACACCUUUCUAUCUUGGCCAGCAUUGCGUUUUUCAGCAAUUUGAGCUACUGUAGCUUUUCUGUGUGACUGGACCACACAGGCUAACCUUCACUCCCCACGUCCAUGACAUCGGUUCACCGGUUGUUCUCCUUGCAACACUUUUGGUAGGUACUAACCACAGCAUACUGGGAGCACCCCACAAGACUUGCCGUUUUGGAGAUGCUCUCACCUAGUUAUCUAGCCAUCCCUUUUCGGUCCUUGUCAAAGUCACUCGGAUUUUUUUCAUUUGCUCAUUUAUCCUGCUUCCAACACCUGUCAGUGGUUUUAAUGUUGUGGCCAAUCAGUGUAAUUCCUUUAAAGCAAAAGGGAUUCAGAUUGCUAGUGUAUACAAAAAUAACAAGUAUGAAACUCAGUAGCUUUGGUAAAUCCCCACUGAGGUCCUCACUUGUGUCAUUAAAGAAAGAACCUAUAUCUAUAUAUUUAUUACCUGUUAUGUAUUAAAUUUAUAUAUGUGUGUAUAUAUAUAUAGAGUUUGUAUAUUGUAAUUUUGUAAUAUUGUAUCCUAUUGUAUCAAUUCAAUGUUUUGUGGACCCAGGACAUACUUGAAAACGAGAGAAAUCUCAAUGUAUCCAUCCUGGUAAAAUAUUUUAUAAAUAAAUAAAUAAACAACAUUUGCAUAUGACAGUGAUCCUGACCAAAAAGGCAGUUCAGAUGAGAAAUUCCAGCAAGUUUAUUCUCCAUGAGAGAUAUAAUUGUUUUGGCCUUCUUGGGGCCUUGUCAGCAAAGUGUAGCAGAUACCCUUCUUGGCAAAUAGAGUUUCUAGCAGAAAAGGUCUGUGCACACAGAGACCUUACCAAACAGCAACUUUUAUUAGAUCAAUGUAGAUCAAUGUAUACAGCAUUGUUUUGGUUCUACAAUAGAGCCUUUAUCAUAUCUCCCAACAUCGGUAGGAAUGCUGAUUGGGACAGGUGGGGGGCAUGCCAGUGACAUGACUUGUGACACUGAUUAUGUGAAGGCUGUCUGGAAAAGGUGUGGUCUGUAAAAGGGGUGAUCCAGAAAACCAUCCCCAAGCCUGCAGAGCCUUGUAGAGAGCGCCACUAAAGUGCUCUGGUCCUAGUGCCCAUAUCAGUUUGAACACAUAUAAUGUGUAUCUUAUUUCUCCCAUCUUCUUGUACUCCUUAUCUUGCAAUUACUUUUUUUGUCUGGAAGUUCUCCCUUAUACAUAUAAUUAAAACGAAAUUCCGUUCCAAUAUGAAAUACUGCAGACUCCAAGUACCACGAUCACUUUAAAUCACUGAAAUGGUCAUGGUCCUCAGUGUAAUUAUUUACAUUAGAUAUUACUUUGUCUAGAAGAGGCCAAGGUCCUUCAACGAUCUAUAGUGUUUCUCGUGAAUAUUGACUAAAUGUUGACUGUGAGCAAUCUGAAUUGUACCAACCAGACUGGGACCAUGCAGAUAUAUUGUAUAUGCUAAUUGAUUCAUCUUGGGUUAUGCAUAGUUUAUGAUUUGUUUGGGGAGUAAUACAGUAAGGUUAUUCCUUGUCUCCUGGGCUCCAUAAUAAAUGUAUUUCUCUUCAAAGGGUCCAAGAGAUGCUCAUUUAGAUAGAGUUGUCCAGACGACUUGGAAUCUCCUAGGUCCUCUAUGAAGCAAUGUGUUAUUAUGAUCUCACAGACCUUAGUAUGUCUUUCUUGUCACUCUUUACAAAUAUAAUUGAUUGGUUUAUGUCUGCUAUUUCCCUAGCAUUAUAUUUUCUUAGCACUUGUGAUCCAAGAAAUAGAUCCACUGUCUAUGCUCAGUUACACCAACCUGAGACGCAUAAAAGUGAAUACCAAAUGUCUCAUAUGUUUCCCUUUUGAAAACAAAUAUACACAUCCAAAAUGAUAUUUAUAAAAGAAACCUAUUCUAUUAACAUAGUCUUUUUUUAUGUACACAGUACAACUGGCUGUAAAUUUGAAGAUAUACACUUUUUGGCAGUAUCUUUUGACCAUGGAGCCAGGUAUCGGUUGGAUUUAUGGCACUGCCUCUCUCACUGGAAUUAUCUUGCAGUUUCUCAUCUGUCUGACUCUGGCCUGUUCCAGUUCCUUCGUCAGGAAGGGUGGGCACUUUGAGGUAAGUACAUACAACAUUCUAUAGUAAUGAAGGGUGUCUGGACACAUGGAAAAUAUUCAGAAUUUCAAGAUAUUGCUCAUUGUCAUCAAUUGUUUUCUGGAUAGCAGAAUAUCUCUAGGAAUGUCAUGAGAUUGUAAAGUAAAUAUCAGGUAUAUUUUUUAAGUGAUGUAUAUUGAUUUGUUUGCGAAAAAAAAUUACUUUCUUUUAUUUGCCUGAGCAGCCAUGUUGGGUCAGAGGCUAAUGUUAUCUCACCAACUGCUGCUCAACCUAACUUGGCAACUGCUGCAGUUUAGAACAACUAGAGAAGCGAAAAUUUGAUGACAACAUUUCACCUACGUGCUUCAACAGGGCAAAACAGAUAUAUAUAUAUAUAUAUAUAUAUAUAUAUAUACACACACAAUAUAUAUUUAAAGGUUUUAUUUAUAUAUAUAUAUAUAUAACACAAAAAUCAGCAUUCCCAGGUAAUUCUCUCAAAACUUCUUUACUUGGAAAAGUGUAAAAGUCAACGUUUCAGUUCCACUCAGGAACUUUCAUCAGGAUGUCCUGAGUGGAACUGAAACGUUGACUUUUACACGCUUUUUAAGUAAAGAAGUUUUGAGAGAAUUACCUGGGAAUGCUGCUUUUUGUGUUCUAUACAUUUAGUGCAAUCGAGCACCGGAUCAGAAAAAUUGUAAGUAGGAGUGCAAGGCUUUCCUAUAUAUAUAUAUAUAUAUAUAUAUAUAUAUAUAUACAUAUAUAUAUAAACACUCUUAUCCCCAUGGAAGGUGCUUUCGGGGGUGGACAGGGUUCUUCAUGUGCUCUCUGACCAGUCUGCGGCUGCACAGCCCCAUAUGCAUCAAACUGGGAUACUCUGUGUGUUCUUUCUAUCAUGGCAAGCAUUAAGAUUUUCAGCAAUAUGAGCUAUAAUAGUUCUUCUGUGUUAUAAGACCAGACGGACUAGCCGUCACUCACCACAUGCGUCAAUGGCCUUAGGUGCCCAUGACCCUGAUGCAGGUUCACCAGUGGUCUUCCCUUGCACCACUUUUGGUAGGUACUAACCACUGCAUAAGCACAAAAAGGGGAUGAUCUGCUGAACCAAUCAUAAAUAAAACAACAUAGCGUAUAACUGUGUAUGAUGACAAAUUGUAGAAGUUAUAUUCACAAAUGGCCACUCACACUUUUGCUGAAGUUUGCAAGCCUUGAAUAUUUUCCUUUUCAAAAUAGGAAUUCCAAAUCCUCUGUCUGGGUUAAAAUCUCCAUAGAUAUAUUGGCAUGUAUGUGCUCAGGAAAGAAAUGUAUAUAAAAGAAUAUGAGAUGCACAUUCAGAGUGAAGUACAAAAAAAUAUUUAAUAACUUACAUCAAGAUAUAAAAUCAUCAGUGUAGUCCCUCUAUGUCACUAACCACUGCAUAUCAGGAACACCCCACAAGACUUGCCAUUUAGAAAUGCUCUGACCCAAUCGUCCAGCCAUCACUAUUUGGCCCUUGUCAAAGUCAUUCAGAUCUUUUUGCUUGCCCAUUUUUACUGCUUUAAACACAUGAAGUUCAAGAACUGGCUGUUCACUUCCUGACGAAUUUAUCCCACUCCUUAACAGGCGCCAUUAUAACAAUAUAAUAUAUAUAAUCAAUGUUAUUCACUUAACCAGUCCGUGGUUUUCAUGUUGUGACUGAUCAGUGUAUGUGUUACAGAAAAAAAUGUUUUGUUGGUAAAAAAAGAUUAAAAAAAAAAAAUGAAAAAUUAUAUUCUAUAACCUCGGUCAUCAAUCCAUUGUACAUGUAUGCAAGGGGUAUACAGACACCAAGGGCAUGGGUAUGUGGAGUGGAUAUCCUGUGACCAGAAGGGAGAUUAACAAAAACACACAUAUACAGUCUCACACACCAACACCAUCCUCAUAUACACAAACACAUCCUUGCAUGCACAAAUAUAAAUCCCCUGGUGCCCUGUACUUUGCCAACUUUAUCUGUGAUAUAAAUCAGUUAUAUAAAAAGCAGUUAUUACAAAGUAAGUAAUAUCUUGAGGUACAGUCAAUUUGCAUUAUGAACAGUAUGUCUAAGCAGCAUAUAAGGGAACCUUGCACAUCAGUUCUAACUAGUACAUUAAUGUUUUUGGGUAAUAUAGAUAUUCUACUGGACCCAUUUAUCCUACAUUUGGAUUUGGAUUCUGCUGUUUCUGCAUACACCAAAAUUCUGGAAGUGGUUCUUGGUCCCUGGACUCUUGUUCCUGCUGGAGAAACUAUUUGGCGUGGCUGUUUCACGUAUUGGAGGGCUGUACAUUGUAGAGGUGAACCUGCUCCCUUCCAAGGUAUUUCCUCUACUCAAUAACCUCAAUAUCUUAUUGUUAGACUAGAUUUGUUGGAAUAUAUCAUUGAUCUAUAGAGGACACAUUACAGAAUCACUUUAGGACAGAUUUAUUGUCUGAAUUUUUAGUACAUGACUCUAUUUACCCUUCCGUCUAUAAUAUAAGAUAAAACUGAACUAUUUGUGGAUAUCUCACUAAUGAAACAUCACAGAGACAGCCUUCUGGAGGUCCUCCAGGCAGGAAAUCGCCAAGACAGCCAACCAGCUGGACGUCCUCUAUUUAAAGGGGAACUUUCACUUUUCUGGAAAUUAACACUAUUGAAUAAAACAUGGGGAUUUUCAUCUAUAACCCAUGUUAACCUUCUUUAUUGUCUUUUAAAAAAAUUUUUAAGACAAUUUUUUAUUGAUUUUCAAGUAUAUGGGGUACAGAAGAGAGAAGGGAGGUAUAAGGAUAACAAUGGGGGAAUGUAGACAAUAUGGAAAUACACAAGAGUUGUUAGCAAGAUUUUCGACAUUGACAUUCAGGGUUUCGUAGGCAGACUAUGUCCGCAACAGCAAUAUACCUGAUACAUGUGUACGUAAGGUUACAUAGUAUAGUUUUACACUUACGUAUUGUCUAUCUGUUGUUAGGUGUUUGUGGGCAAAGCAGUCUGGUACGGGAAAAAAAUGGUCGGUUCUUUAAGCACGGUGUUGCGUGCCGGUACAGUCUGUCAGGCCAUACAUAACGGUCUCAAGGUGGAUUUUGGGGAUUUGUGGCUUGGUUGUAUAAGCAUGUCCACUGUUUCCACGUUGAGUGGAACUGCUGUGAUUCUAUACUAUGGGUCAUCGUCAUUCGUUCAUAGACAUGGUAUUGUUGAAUCUUGUCCCAGAGUUGUAUUUUAGAUGGGCAUAGGUGCGACUUCCAGUUUGUCGCUAGAAGGUUCCUGGCCGCUAAUAACGUGAUGGCACACACCUGUCUGUGUUCUCUAGCAAGAUCACUGGGGAGCAUAAGCAUGAGGUAUGUUUGCGGGCUUGGCAAUAGGUUUGCUAUGCCCAGCUUACCCAGCAGUCUCCUAACCUCUGUCCAGAGGGGUUGAAUCACCGGGCAUGUCCACCAUAUGUGGAGGAAUGUACCAGUGUCUCUCGAACACCUCCAGCAUGUCGGUAGUACACUGGGGUAUAUUUUAUGCAACCGACUUGGCGUCAUAUACCACCUAUAGAGUAGCUUCCUAUGUGCUUCUAUGUGCGUGUAGCAUCUAGUGAGUUUUGAGAGGCUGUUUAGUGCUCUGACCCAAUCUUCCUCUAAGAGUUGAAGGGAGCAGUCCUCCUCCCAUUUAGUCUUACAGAGGGGGAUGUGUUGUGGUAAUGUGGUUUCCCACAUUUUGUAGCAGAGGGAGAUGGCUUUUGGUUUGUUUGGUGCGGCCCAGCAUCUGUCCAAAAUCCCGCCCACCAUUAGUGAUUGCUCCCGAGUACUGUUGUGUAGGUUCACAUGAGUCAUUAUGGUCCCUUUGAGUCUUAGGUAGGUAAAUACUUCCCUCAUCGGUAGGUGCCAUUUGACCUGUAUAUCCGCGAAUGCUAUUACACCCUUAUUGUCUACUAUGUGUUGGACAUUGGUGAUUCCUGCCUUAGCCCACCUUGUUAG